GUUUCUUUCUUCCCGGUGUCUCCUUACCAGCUCCAGGGACAACCGGGGGUAUUUUUAGUCGGACCACCGCCCUCCUCCCUCCCAGACUUUCUCCCUCAAGGACUCGAACUCUCGUUUUACCGAAGGUAGACGCCAAACUGACGUCAGAGCACCCGUAACGUGACGUGCGUACACCCCCCCACCCCAUCACGACCACACGCACACAAACACACACACAAUGCACACACCAGCCCUCCCCAUCACUAGUAUUUCCUCUCCUCUCCUCCAGUUUCUCGUCCCCUCCAUCCCAGCCAGCUGUUUCUUCAGGAAUCAACAGAAAAACAAGGAGCAUUCUGUCAUUUACCAAACAUUUAUACAUCGGAGUUGCGGCUGCUUUUCCCGAGAGCAUUCAAGCUGUUUGUACAGAUAUUUAUAUUGUUUUCUCAUCGGGUUGAAUUUCCUCUGAGAUGGAAAUGAGAUGUCGUCCAGCGAUGAUGUGUUGUGUUUUCGCCGUCCUCCUCUCCGUGGUUUCCCGGUCGCUGGAGUCCUCUUACGUGGACAGGCAGUACCUGAACGAGUGGGCAGUGGAGAUCCCCGGCGGACUGGCCGCUGCGGAGGCGAUCGCCAAAGAGCUGGACUACAAACUGGUCCGACAGAUCGGGGCCCUGGAAGACCAUUUCUUGUUCAAACACCGCAAUCAUCCCGGCAGAAUGAAACGAAGUGCCAACCACAUCACCAGGCGGCUGUCGGAGGAUGAUCGCGUGCUGUGGGCAGAGCAGCAGUACGAGAAAAGCCGCAAUAAGCGGGCGUCCCUCGGAGGGUGCCGGGACUGCCCAGUGGAUAAGCUGUUUGAUGAUCCCAUGUGGAACCAGCAGUGGUACCUGCAAGACACAAGGACGUCUCCCUCGCUGCCGAAGCUCGACCUGCACGUGAUCCCUGUGUGGCAGAAAGGCAUCACAGGAAAAGGAGUGGUCAUCACCGUUCUGGAUGACGGCCUGGAGUGGAAUCACACGGACAUCUACUCCAACUACGAUGCAGCAGCCAGCUACGACUUCAACAACAACGACCCUGACCCUUUCCCCAGAUACGACUCCACUAAUGAAAACAAACAUGGGACCAGGUGCGCUGGAGAGAUCGCCAUGCAGGCGGACAACAAUAAAUGUGGUGUCGGAGUGGCAUUCAACUCCAAGGUUGGAGGGAUUCGAAUGCUAGAUGGGAUUGUGACUGACGCCAUUGAGGCCAGCUCCAUUGGGUUCAAUCCGAACCAUGUGGACAUCUACAGUGCAAGCUGGGGACCCAACGAUGAUGGAAAGACAGUGGAGGGCCCUGGACGCCUGGCCCAGAAGGCUUUCGAAUACGGUAUCCAGAAGGGCCGUGGUGGGAAAGGCUCUAUCUUUGUUUGGGCCUCGGGUAAUGGCGGGCGCCAGGGCGACAACUGUGACUGCGACGGUUACACAGACAGCAUCUACACCAUCUCCAUCAGCAGUGCCUCACAGCAGGGCCUGUCCCCGUGGUACGCGGAAAAGUGCUCCUCCACCCUGGCUACAGCAUACAGCAGUGGAGACUACACCGACCAGAGGAUCACGAGUGCCGAUCUGCACAAUGAAUGCACUCAGACUCACACGGGAACGUCGGCCUCCGCCCCCUUGGCUGCUGGAAUAUUUGCCCUUGCGCUGGAACAAAACCCAGAUCUUAACUGGAGAGACCUGCAGCACAUUGUGGUGUGGACCUCAGAGUUCGACCCUUUGGCCAAUAACCCCGGCUGGAAGAGGAACGGAGCUGGGUUGAUGGUCAACAGCCGUUUCGGCUUCGGCCUUCUCAACGCUAAAGCCCUGGUGGACCUGGCUGACCCGGCCACGUGGAAGCACGUGCCAGAAAAGAAGCAAUGCAUCGUCAGGGACGAUUCCUUCCAGCCCAGGGAGCUGAAGGCAGCAGGGGCAAUCACUAUAGAGAUUCCAACCAAAGCCUGCGUAGGGCAGGAGAACGCAGUCAUCUCGUUGGAGCACGUGCAGGUGGAGGCCAGCAUCGAGUACUCCAGGAGAGGAGACCUUCACAUAACACUCACCUCCCCAGCCGGCACCAGUACAGUGCUGCUGGCUGAGCGAGAGAGGGACACGUCCGCUAAUGGUUUCAAAAACUGGGACUUUAUGUCUGUCCAUACAUGGGGCGAAGAUCCUGCUGGUACAUGGACCAUAAAGAUCACAGAUACUUCGGGCCGCAUGCAGAACGAGGGUCGAAUUUUGAGCUGGAAGCUAAUUCUUCAUGGAACAUCAGAGAAGCCAGAGCACAUGAAGAAACCGCGAGUGUACAUUCCCUACAACGCUGUACAGAAUGACCGCCGUGGUGUGGAACAUAUGGAUGACAUGAUGGAGGAGCCCACACAGGCCUAUCCACCUCCAAAUACCGAGCCUGCACAUGCCUCCCCUCCUCCCAACCCAGGGAAAGAAUCCAAAAAGCCCUUAAACCCACCCGCCUCCCCCUCCCUGGCCCUUCUGCGCCUCCUUCAGACGGCCUUUAACAGGCAGAACCCUGCCCUCCCUCAGCCAAAGUCCGCAGCCAGGGCCUCCUCCGCCUGGAGGAAGCUGCAGCCAGACCGGAGCAUCUCUCCCCCUGCAACAAGACUCCCUCCUCAGAUGUUGUACCAGGCUCUGGACAUGAUCAACAAGUACCAAGGCCCCGAGGACAGUGUCUACAGUGACUACAGUGAUGGCUUCUACAGCAUCAAGCCGUACAGGCACCGAGAUGACCGACUACUGCAGGCCCUGUUUGAGAUGAUAGAUGGCGACCACAAGUGAUGGAGAGGAGAGAUAUUAGAUCGGGGGAAGCACGAUAAUGUGUUGGUUGGGGAGCAGGGGAGAAGGCAAAGAGAGGAGAGGAGCAGAGGGUAUCUGGCUUGUGGAGGAGAUUGGAAAUACAGGAAAAAUAACUCUUUCACUCAGCGAUGCUGCAUAUAUGAUCUCUUAACCUUCAUUUGCCAAUCACCGUUAAUUCAAAUUAAUUUCUAACCCACGCGUUCUUCAAAACACAGACUUGUUCAGGGCCUCUCUGCUACAAACUGUAUCUCCAUGUAGUGACAGUGAAAGCAUUUCAUCGUAGGAAAGGAGGGGGAGGCUUCAUGGCUCUUCUCUUCACUGCCUGCUCAAGCAUGCUACCUUUAGAAUAGAAGUUUUGUAUUACUAUCUAUAUAUUAUCUAUAUAUAUUAUACAAGACUAUGAUUGUAAUAUGGUUUUGAAAACAAUUGACGUCUAAAAAUGUCACUUUCAAAAAAAAACGUUUAGUUUCUAUUUCUAUUUUUUUUUCUAACAGUUUCAUUUUCAAUGUGUUUCACGCUAUCAUGGGGAACUUUUUCCUUGAAUCACUUUGACGACAAAACUGACACAAAGUCAUGAAAUGAGUCAGCAUGAAUUUAAAAUGAAACAAAUUUUUGAUCGAUUAGCAAUUUGAAAGGUUGAAACUGUGUUCAUUCUCAGGGUGUCAACAAAGCUCAAAAGCGUUGGAGAGUCAUAUUCUGGUAGUAUCAAGUUAAAUAUUUAUUGUGAACAAUUAUAGACUAUAAAAGUAUGCAGAUGAGACUUAGACUAUAGUUGAAACAAACACUAUUAAAAAAAAGGAACAUCCUCUAUAAUAAUUCAGACCGUUGGAGUAGCUAUACAUUCAAAGUGAAAAAAAGAAUUUUCUUCUUGUGCUAUUUGUUUAAUUUUGUACAAGUACAAUGCUGCAUUAAAUGAAAUAUUUUUCUAAGGAUCCUCAUGGUUUAUGGAAAUAAUAUAUACAGUAUCAAACCCUUGAACACUUUAUUUUCUUGUGGCAUGGUUUGCUCAAUAACUGCACCACACUACAAAUGAGAGUAGUUAUCAUAAGUAUAAAAGAACACUGCCAAAAUAUUUGCUGUCAAAAAGCUUCCGUGUAUUUCAGUAAACAUACAAAUGGCCAACAUGUUGUUUGUUCAUCAUCGCCAAUAUGCCAACUUCAAACAGUUCCUUAAAUUCUGAAAGAAUUAUUGCAUUCAUUAUCAUUCUCUGGUAUGAUUUAGUUGAUAUGAAUAGAUCAUUUUGUCUGUAGAAUAGGGGCUCUGCACCGCAACCUUCGAGCACAUUCAUCUUGAACGCCUUAAUACAUGCUGUAAUAGAUUUGCGUACUCAUCUCCACAUGGUACAGAUAUAUUUACAGAUGCUAAUGUAAGUGUUUAUGACAUGAAUAGCUGUGAAUGUUCUAUGCAGAGUCUCUAUCCUCCAGCUUGGUACCGCCUGCCCCUGCUUCUCUGCUAACAAGGUGACAUGAAAUAGAAGAUAUUUAGGAAGCUUCACCCUGUAAUUUAUCUAUUCUUUCGUGUAGCCCGUGCUGUUUUAUUCAUGUUAUUGACUGACGCUUCGGUCCAAAAUUGUUUACACAAACCAAUAUCAUGUUGCAAUUUCUGUAUGGAUAUACAAAAAAGAAUGAUAUUUAUCUUAAUAAACUGCAAAGUGAGCUCUUGA